AUGUCUUAUACCGACCAAGCUAUUGGAGAAAACAAUGCUCACCUCAAGGUCACAGUCCAUUUGAAGCAGCCGGGGACGGAGGUCGUAUUCUUUGCUUUUGAAGCCACUGGAUGCGCCUUGGUCUUCGCUGCUGAUAUUGGCAUCGCAGGCUUGCGCAUUCAAGUAUGUCUUACGGGUGGAGGCGGCGGUGGGAAUGGCACUUACGGAGGGAAAAUAGCGAUGUCGGUCGCGGUCAUAAUCAAAGUUGGUAUCUUCCCUGCGUUGAGAGCCACACUUAAUGGUCAAGUUGCGGUCAAUGCUUCGCGCAAUGGUGACAUCAAAGCAUAUGGUUCGCUGGGCAUUGAAGUCUCGGCGAUAGUUGUCGGAGCCGGUAUAUCCCUGGACAUCUUCGGUAACACUGUUGAUCACAAAUCGGACGUUUGGGAAUUCAAAUCCCACUUCAACCUCCACGUAUGGGUAGAUGUUCUCUUCUACAGCCAUGACUGGCCAUGGAGUUGGACUAUUUGGGAAGCUGGUCCGGUUAAAGUGCGAUAA